GAAAUACAUUGUAAGUGUCCUCUGGGAAUCAAACACAAGACUUUGGCAUUGUUAUAUUAAGCUACAGGUACACAACUAAUGUAUCCAAAGACACAUGGCAUUGUUACAAACCAUUACAAACAUUCAUAUACAGUCAUUUACAACUAAGAUGAUAUGUGUUGCAUAAUUUUUGAAUUCCUCCAUGUUUUACAUUUCUCUGUUCGUUUCUUCAUAAUGAACCAUCUCUAGAAUUCUCUAUAGUGUCCUAAGACUUGCUCACAUCCAAAAACCUCCAUUUACAUAGAAUGUGAAUGCCAUUACUCAUGCAAUCCAUCACACAUCACAUAAAUAUACUGAUCUUUCUCUGUGUAUGUGGUCAUUAACUGUGACUGCUCUCUGACCUUCUGCUUCAUACAAAGGCAUCCUGUCAUUCAUAUUCUCCUGCUGCUUUAUUUGUUAGUGACGCCGUGGCGCUGUUGCUCUUUUGUUCCAUUCAGCCUUUUGCCACUGUAUCAGGACCCUCUACAUUUGCAGCUAAUUAAGUCCAGGCCUCAUUACACACUCAUUCUGUUGGCAUUCGCUAACGAAGCUUGUCUGCCCCUCCACAAUAGUCCUAAAGAGCUCUCUGUACAAUUACUUGGAUACAGGCACACGCUAAUGACAAAGCUGCUAACAAUCCUAACAGUUCUUUAUUGUAUCAUAAUCCACUGUCAAAUGAGAAACAUGACACUGAAGAAAUAAAGGGGGUCAUAUCAGCUGGAUUUCUUUGUCAGUCUAAUUUAUGCCUAUAAUUAACUUCGGAAGAUGAAGGGGUGGGCAGCCCAUCUGUAUAAAAACACUUGUCCCGUAUCAGAGAGUGAAAGGACCAUCGUAUUUGAAGUCCAUCAGACACAUGACAUCUGUCUACAACAAGACCGGGGCAGCAGCCAGACUCAUGGACUGCACAGCCAAGAGGGUUCAGCUGCUCCUCUUCAUGGCUCUGCUGGCGCACCUGGCUCGAGACGCAGAGGGCGUGGCCACCUGCUGCUCGAGCGUUUCAAGGUCCUGCAAAUUAUACGAGAUUCUGUGCCGCGCGGGACCCCGAAACGACACUUCCGUCGCCAGGCAUAUCAGCCGCUUUAAUAACGACGCUGCUGUCGGGAUUCUAACACUUGGUAAACGUAAAGUGGGCGAGAGACGCGUCCAAGACCGCCUGCAACAACUGCUGCACGGUUCCCGCAAUCAAGCGGCGGGAAUCCUGACUAUGGGAAAGAGAUCCGAGGACGGCGCGCACCUGCCGCUCUUGCUCCCGGGAGGGACGGUGAGCGCGCCCUUGAGACUCGGACUGGAGCGUCCGCUGAAAUAUCUGAUGCCCAGGGAACCAGAAGAUCUGGACGCUUAUGAAAAACGAUGACACUUGCCGCUUUAAAAAAUAAAAUAAAAUAAUAAAACAGAAAAGCUGUUCACUGGAGACGUCAAUCUGUAGGCUGACACAGAAGGCUAAUUCUUAUGGGGUUUUAAAAUAACGUUUUUGAUUCGAGUAAAAAAAAGGUUUGUAAUUAACAACACCCAAAGAGACGUGCGUUCCCCCCUCUAACGUAAGUCACAUACAAUCAAAUGUAAUUGAAUGUUAAUUUUUUAUGUCUCUAUAACGUAAUUUUACGUAGGCCUAAGUAAAUGUUCGUUUAAAAAAAAACAAAAAACAUUAAAAGUCCUGAGGGAAUCACAAGGUGCAAUAACUUUCACAUAGGCCUAUCACCUGUCUCUGCCCUGAUUAAUAAAACACGCAACUAAAUUCAAUAGAUUUAAAUGAUGAGUAUUUUAUUAUAGUCCUUAUGACUUAACCAUUUAUCCUGUUUUAUAAAGAUGGGUUGUUAGAUUUUAGUUAUGUAGCCUAUGUUUUUUGGUCAGCAGGUGGCAGAUGAUGUCAAUAUUGUAAAAUAACACUGCCUUCACAAUAAAGUUCAAGAACGAUUGUUUUGGUUUGGGAAAUGUAUGAAAACUCACAAAGCUUCAAUAAAACACACAACUAAAUUGCUUGAGACUAAAGCUAAAACAACACAAAUAAAGCUUGAGAAAAAAAAUUACAUUUGCAGUCAUUGUAACAUGAAAUGAAAUGAAAUGUUAUCUUAGGGGGGAAAUGCUCUUCCACAACAUAUCACAAAUUAUGAAAUAGAAGGCCUAUGUGAUUUUUAAAGUCUUUUUCUGAUAAUUUGAUCCAAUAUAAUAAUCAUGAACACAAUCUCAUACACAAUGAAUCAUACAUGUGUGACAACUUGCCCCAGUAUAAUUGUGACAGCUUGUCUUAAAAACCUGACACAUUUUUUAGGAGAUAAUUUGUGCUUUUCAAAGACCCAUGCUUUAAUCCCUUGACUCCCACUGCCUGUGAAAAUAAUACAUUUUCAUAUUGUUCCUGCAACCUUGCCAGUAAACUGACUGACCCAGAGCUGUAUCCUUUCAGAUUUCACCCUUAUAGAAAUUCCUGUGUGUGUGUUGUGGGAGAUGCUGCUUUUGUCUGGUAAUAUAUGUAAAUAUCUGCUCAGCACAGAUGGCUGUUCUGCUUUCCCUUUCACACCAUCUCUCUCUCUCUCCACCUAAUUCUCAUGUUUCUGGUAAUGUCACUGUCCCUUUAAACCCACUUCAGCUCUUAAAGUCUCUUUAUUUGUGGUUUUAAGACUCAGUACUGCUCCCAUUACCGCCUCUAUAACUGUCACUCAGUCACUAGAGAGAUCUGCUUGUGCCAUAUUAAUUUG